AUGCGCACGCUUGGCUUCAUUCAGCUGGCAACCCUGACGAUUGGGUUCAUCUUUUUGAAGCCCCGGCUGCCGCCACGCAAAAAGGCUCAGUUGGUGGACCUCAGGGCCUUCCAAGAGUUGGAAUAUUCUUUCUACGCUGCCGGUGGCUUUUUCUCGUUUAUGGGGGUAUAUUUCGCCUUCUACUACGCCGCCUCGUAUAGUCGAGACGAACUCGGCUUCUCAUACCCGAACUCGCUCAACCUACUUCUGAUCUUGAACGGCAUUGGUUUCAUCGGACGUCUUGUUCCCAACUGGUUCGCCGACAAGGUGGGAACUAUCACCGUGUUUACCCCCAUGGCCUUUCUCUCUGGAGUUUUGACAUAUUGUUGGAUUGCCGUCAAGACGCCGACCGGCCUCUACAUUUGGACCGUCGUAUUCGGUUUCGUGGGCAACGCCGUCCAGGCUCUCUUCCCGGCCGGCGUCAGUGCUCUUACAAUCGACCCAAGCAAGCAAGGGACGCGCAUCGGUAUGAUAUUUACAAUCGUCAGUUUCGCCGUGCUGAGCGGACCUCCCAUCGCGGGCGCCAUCAUCACCGCAUGCGGCGGGAGAUACUACGGCGCUCAGGCCUUUGCAGGCAGCUGUCUCAUGAUUGGAACCUUCUUCUUAGCGCUGGCACGGGUAGUCAAGACCAAAAAGAAAGGUGAAGGGUGGUUCGCAAAGAUUUAG